GCUCUCUCUCUCUCUUGAAGGUUCAUAGUUAAUGAGAGUCCCCUUCCUUCUUCUUUUAAUCCCCUCUUUCCUUGAACUCCCUUUACCCACCUCCACCCCCGCCCCACCCCUCAUUUUGAGUCUCUAUAUUAAAGCUCUAUUAUGCCCCGGGCUCGCCUAAGCACCCCGGCUUCGAUUCAUCCGGCUUGACCAGGACUAUUCCGGAUUCCCCUUUUGCGCGCAUGCGCUGACGUUUGUCCCUUUUCCCGUUUUCUCUUUCCUUAUCCCCACUGGCAUCACGACCCGCUUCCCCACCGUGAAAGUCGAUCAUCGACAACAUGGCUCCAGGUGGACGCGAUUUUAACUGCUCAUGGGAGCAUUGUGGCAAGUCCUUUAAUCGCAAGUCUGAUCUCUGUCGCCAUUAUCGCAUCCACACCAAUGAGCGGCCAUAUCAUUGCACAGUGAAGGAUUGCAAUAAGAGCUUCAUCCAGCGCAGUGCCUUGACCGUGCAUUCGCGAACUCAUACAGGCGAAAAACCGCAUGUUUGUGACCAUGAUGGUUGCCAGAAGGCCUUCUCAGAUUCUUCGAGUUUGGCUCGGCAUCGAAGAAUUCACACUGGCAAGCGACCUUAUAUCUGCCAAGAACCAACUUGCGAACGGAGUUUCUGUCGCAAAACCACCCUCACCAAGCACCAACAUCGCUCUCACCCUCCAGGCUCCAUGACUCGACCAUCAUCGGAAGAUGCAAACUCGGAGCAUUCAUACCAUCAGCACCAGCCUCCCGUGUCGGUAUCGAUCCCAAACCCGAAUGACCAGUACCUGCUCGCUCAACAGCCGUAUUACCCGAACUCGGCGACGCCAAAUCACGAGUUCUACUCGCCUCCCAGCGUUCAAAUGGGCUCGGUUCCCCAUGCAGUCCACGAUGGUGCGCAUCCGAUUGUCACGCAGAAUGUCCCCGUCACAUCACCGAUAAACAUGCCGCAUGCUCCACCGCAAGCGCCACCACCACACCCCCAUCCGCAGGCGCACCCGCACCCGCAACACCAGCAGUAUCUGCAAAUGAUGCAGCAGCGCUAUGACCCCACGCCGCGCACGAACUAUCUUCCACCCGAAUACCACCAGCCGCCAUUCCAGGGCCAUCAGCUACCAGAGGGACAGCCAAUGAUGGUGGGAUACCAUCCAAAUUUCCCGUACAAAACCCCUACCCGGAUUCUGAAUCAACCGGAGGGGACUGACUGGGCUUUUCUGGGAGUAGGCUAAGAGGAAACUCGGCGUAGAGUUUCUUCCUUUGGAGAGAAUCCUGUGCGAUUGAUGCCCGUGACGAUUUUUCUAUAUCCCCGAUUCCCCUCACCUCGAGAACCCGGUGACUUCGCAUACCUGUGUUGUAUUCUUGUUUUUUUUUGUUUUGGGUUGUCUGUGGGUUGGUUUACCAGGCUACUCUACUUUUGGGCGCUUCUGAUGGAUUCCCCUUAUCAUUCUUGGUAUGUUGUUUCUUUUAAUUCCCGACUUACCCGUCUCAUACAAACGAAGAGGAUUGGCGUUGUUUCAUUUCUAUUUUCCAUUCAUUCGUCCUCUUCUUUUGCAUGCGCGAUUUUUUUUGAUACCUGGCAUGAGAUAUGUUUUGAGACUCUUUUCAUUAUAUUUAUCGUUUUAUCUACGAAG